GUCGGUUUACAUCCGUCUCAGUGGACUUACCUCCGGGUGUGUGUGACAGUCCGUCAAUAGCGUUUAGGAAGACAUGUUUACCUGCGUGUAACACCACUGUAUAUCAACAACUGAUGAUGUUCGUAUACCUGUUUGCCUGCAUUGCCCUGUCGUUUGUACAUGGUGGGGAUGUACUGUCAGGCAGUGUUUACUGUAAACACCGUGACUGCGCCUUUACACCCAGUCUCUCCUAUAAACAGGGAGCCACGGCUUAUGGCGUGUUUAAUGAUACCCUGGAAGAAAAAGGGUGGGCGCAGCUGGACAUCCGGGCAGGUUACGGUCGCCAGGCAAGCGAUGCUGACGUCAUGUUUGCUGCAGGGUACCUGGAAGGAGUUUUAACAUCACGGAGGAUAUACCAGCACUACCAAAAUGUGAAAAACCCGUUCUUCCUUUCGCGGCCGCAAGCCGUGGUUGCGUUUGCACGAAAGUUUUUACACGAACAGGACAGGUGGACACGUGACAUGAUAUUACAAUUCUCGUCCACGGACCCGUUUUGGCGACAUGUUGGUCACGUGACUGCACAGCUGGAUGGCUUAUACACUGGCUACAACGACUGGUCCACGACUGAAGAGAAGCUGGAUUUCUUUACCUUCCAAGCCCUCAGCGCCUCAGGUGAUCUCUCCGACAUUAUGAGUGCAAGCAACUCCUCACAGCGCCCUGACUGGAGAACCAUGACGAAAGCAGAGGUGGACCGCUUCCUCCUAAUUGGGAGUCGUUGUUCGGCAGUGGUGAAGGUAACUGACAACUUCGAUAACAUAUUUAUGGGCCACUCCACCUGGUUCCUGUACCAGACCAUGCUGAGGAUAUACAAGUACUGGACCUUCAAACUGCAGGACGAAACCACCAAGGUCAAAACGAUGUCCUUCUCAAGUUAUCCAGGAAUAUUGGCAUCGGUUGAUGACUUCUACGUUAUGAGCGACACAUCGUUGGUGAUGUUGCAGACUACCAACGACAUCUUCAACGCUUCUUUGUUCAACCUCAUACAACCUCAUUCCCUUCUUGCCUGGCAGCGAGUCCGAGUCGCCAACAUGGCGGCAACAUCGGGACCGGAGUGGGCAGAAAUGUACAAGAGAUUUAACUCAGGCACUUACAUGAACCAGUACAUGGUAAUAGACUUGAAGCGUUACCAGCCCAAGCAACACCUUGAGGACAACUUACUGUGGGUGGUGGAACAGAUUCCCGGGCUCGUAGUAUCAGGUGACCAGACACAGAUACUGAGAAAAGGCUAUUGGGCGUCCUACAACGUCCCCUUUUACGAGAGCAUCUACAACAUCAGUGGCUAUCCUGAAUUUGUAUCUGUGCACGGCUCCGAUUACUCGUAUGAGAUGGCCCCUCGGGCGAAAAUAUUCCGUCGAGACCAUAGCACCAUCCAUGACAUGGAGACCGCCCAACAGCUGCUCAGAUCUAACGAUUAUGCCAAUGACCCUUUUUUCGGAAGAUAAUGCUUGCUAUGCUGUUUGUUGUCGGGGCGACCUGGUGACGCCGGGGCCCGUGGCAGAUGGGUGCAUUGACACUAAGGUAACAGAUGUCGACCUGGCCUUGAACAGCUCAGCCUCGAUCAUAAGUGGUCCAACUACAGCAAACAAUCUGGAGUCAUUUGAUUGGUCAAAGGAGUUCAAGAACAUAUCGCACAUUGGAUUACCACAGAAAUAUGACUUUUCGUUUUACAACGUCUAUGCCAUGUUAUAGGAGACGAGAAUGUACAGUAUAUUAAACAGCACUACUGAAACGACAAUUGUAACUUUACUCUGAUUAGCUUCACAAUAACAACGUGUAUAAAUAGUUGUUUAUUGUGAUUAUACACCUUUAACUACCGUUUGAAGGUUACGUACGUAAGGUGGAAUACGUUUGAAAGUAUACUUAAUAAGUAUUUCAAACUUAAUUU